AUGCCGAUGGAUUUGGGGCUCAAGAUAACAAAAUUCCCUGAAGAGGCAAGCUUCAUCUAUAACAUUCAGCUGAGCCCUCGAAAAAAUAGAUCCCUAAGUGCCGUGUCUUCCGGAAAAGAUGAGCGAAUUUCCAGUAAUAUAGAAGGUAUUAAUUCAGGCUGGGAAUUCCUUACCAGAUGUUUUAUAGUCAGAUUACUCUACCUUCUUGUUUUCGGUACCAAAAAUGAAUUUCUACCACUUACUUGUUCAGUGAUGGCUCUUUCUAAUCCCCUGAAUAGACGCUUGUACCUGUUCUCCGCACCGUUGAACCUUGUUUCAUUUUCUCCAAUUAAUUGGUAUUCAGGGGAUCAGUUCCAAGACAUCUCCGAGCUCUGCACUUUUUCAUACAUUGUGAUCAGUGACUGGUUUGAAAGUUUCAACCCAAGAAAGUCAAAAACAGUUGUGCGCUUCUUCUUGUCCCCCUUCAAUCCAAUUUUCAAACCAAUGAACUACGCAUUGCUGACAUUACUCCAGUUUUUUCACAAGGAUACAAAACUCAUGGUUGAGAGACCCAGUUCUGAGGUACAUCUGUUUUUACUGCUGGCGUUCCGAUGGAAAUGGUUGACGGUAAAAAGCGUUGCAACGCGAGUUGUACGUGUUGUGCAGGUCCCUUACAAGUACGCUUACCACGUCAACGAUGUUUUCAACAAACAGAUAGAUCGAUACGACAUCGUUAACAUUAGAGUGGCUGCCCAAAUAAUCUACGACUCCUUACAUGUUCUGGUACUGGAGUUGCUAUUCUACAUAACGUAUAUGACGCAGAGAUAG